AAAAAAAAGAAAAAAGUGCGGAAGUGUUCUCUAGUCGUUCGCGUGAGUUUGGUGAUGAGGAGGCCGCUUUCACCAUGAACUCAAACCAGAGAACGGUGCAGAGGAUCUGAGCUGCAGCUGCCCGGACGUCUGCGAGGUUGCCUAAACAUGUAUGUUAGAAACUAGCUGAAGAUGCAGGGGGCCAUAGCGCGAGUGUGUGUGGUGGUGGCCGCUGCCAUAUUAAACCAUCCCUUACUCUUUCCUCAAGAGAACACCACGCUCCCGGACCAGGAUGAGGAGCUGAUGGCCCGCAUGCGGGAGCAUGAGGAGAGGCUUGAAAUGGAGCAGGCCAAGCUGGAGAGGGAGCUUUCACAUCUGGACUCAAAGCAGGAAGAAACCGACUCGGAGGGAGGUUAUAGUUGGUACUUUUGGAGCGCUGUGUCUUUCAUUAUAUUCUUCACAAUCGAGAUGUGCAGGGUGGAUCUUACUGACACAGAAAUCCGGCCAGCUGAGGAUGAAGACAUAUUUUCGGAGUGCGGAUCCAUCACCCCCAGGACAAUGGUAUUAGAUAAAGAUGUCCUGAGCAACUUCUGUGACAAAUGCACCUACACUUCAGCCCACGAAAACUGGAGGGUGAGGGAGUUUGUUGAGGGUUUUGCCGAUGAUCUACUGGAAUCGCUCAGGAGUGUGUGCGACAGGGAGGCAGACAUGGAAGUCGGGGACUUUGUCGGGAUUGGAAGCAUGUUCGAGUCUUGGAAGGUGUGCAAGCCUCUGAUGUGCGACCUUAUAGUGCCUUUCUCGCCUCCAGAUCCAUACUCCUUCCAGUUCCACCUGUGGUGCGGCCCCAACAGCGACGUGCCUCCAGACAUGCAGGGCUGUGGCAAAAUAAAGGUGACCAGGUUUGGGGAGAACGAGGAGUGCUGUCUCUGCGGCUCCGCUAACCUGGGAGAGGACAUGCUUUGUCUGUUGCAUAGCAGGAACGAGGCCGUCAAAGUGGACCACAGUCCUGACGAACUGCUUUGCUCCAGGAACACCCCUUUCUUAGCAAAAGAUCAAGUCAUGAAGUGGUUUCAGAUCUCUGUAACCAAAGCGUGGGGACGCAUCUCUCACAAAUACGACUUUGAGGUCACUUUUCGCAACUUGGAUGCCGCCGGUGCUCUGAAGAUCCGAUUCCGCUCAGGGAAAGUCAUCGUAAUGAACAUCAUACCGGUGGUUCAGCUGGAGGAUACAGAUGCUUAUUUUGUCUCACACUUCCCAUCAGAUUGUGACAGCUCUCCAGACCCGCACUGGCCCCUCUCUUUUGCUGUCUACGAGAGGAAUUUGCUGAAACACUUCACUAAACGCCUACCACAAAACUCCUGUCAUUUACACUGUCUUCAGAUUGUUACUUUCCUGCACAGAAAGCAAACGGGACUCACAGGAAAGAGCGCCCUUACUAACUACCACUUUAAGACUGCUCUGUUGCACUCGUUGCUGAGUAGAAGGCCCUCUUUGUGGGGCAUUGAGAGCAUGGAACACAGGCUUCGGGAUGUGCUCGGCUUCUUGCAGAGGGGCCUACAGGAGAAGAGGCUACAUCAUGCUCUGAUUGGGAACCGUAAGGUGCCCAAGGAAGUCCAGGUUCCUGAGUUCAUUCGCAGAGCGGAGCCCGUCAAUCUGUUCAGGUCUCUGGUGCUGCAGACAGAGCUCUACGCAGCCACAGUCAGGCAUUUUCAGGAGAUGUUGAGAAAUGCACUGGUGCUCAUACAAGAGUACACACCUCACUUAUCAAAUGGAGGUUUACACCACAGCCUAGAUGAAAGUCUGUGAGCACUGGCCAUGUUCAGUGUCUGAAUAAGUUCUAACCUUUAGCACUACCAGAUCUUUAAACAUCAUUCAGUGUUACUAAAGGUGAUGUUACUAAUGGAAGGCGCAUAUAUAACAAUUAUUUCAGUUGUAGCUGUUAUCUAGACAUGCACUUGUUUUGCUGUAGCUGCUUUCGUUAAACUUGACACGGUAACCAGUGUAUUGGGAAUAUGGGCCUCCGGCUAAUAAAUAUAUAUAUUUAUUUAUUCAGCAUUUCAACAGUGGGUUCUGUUGGUUGUAAAAUCUAACGCCAAAAAAGUGUAAUGUAAUUUUUUUAAAAGUCAUUCAGUAGCAGUUCAGUAAUAAAACCAGGAGCAGAGGUGUUCAGUAUAUAUCCCUCUGCCUCUCAGAAGAAACAGCUACAAAUCAACUACAUGAAGGAUAAUGAUUGUAGAUAAACAUUUCACCAUUUUAACAGAAAUACCUCUCAUAUUAUGCCAGUCUAAACUGGAUUAAUUUACCAAACAUUAUAGCAAUGUUUUUGCUUUCUUUCAUACUGUUGCAAAUCUGAUGGCAGCUAUUAAGUCGAUUAUUUUUCCAUCAUAA